GGAGGCGGUUCCUCGUGUGUUGGGGCGUGUGUCUGUGUUUGGGGGAUCUGAGGGGUACGCUGGGGCGACACCGGACGGGCCAUGGCAGCCGCCGAGGAGGAGGACGGGGGCCCCGAAGGGCCAAACCGCGAGGGGGGCGGGGCGGGCGCGACCUUCGAAUGUAAUAUAUGUUUGGAGACUGCUCGGGAAGCUGUGGUCAGUGUGUGUGGCCACCUGUACUGUUGGCCCUGUCUUCAUCAGUGGCUGGAGACCCGGCCGGAGCGGCAGGAGUGCCCUGUGUGUAAGGCCGGGAUCAGCAGAGAGACCGUUGUCCCACUGUACGGGCGAGGAAGCCAGAAGCCUCAGGAUCCCAGAUUGAAAACUCCACCUCGCCCCCAGGGCCAGCGACCGGCUCCGGAGAGCAGAGGGGGAUUCCAGCCAUUUGGUGACACCGGGGGCUUCCACUUCUCGUUCGGCGUUGGUGCUUUUCCCUUUGGCUUUUUCACCACCGUCUUCAACACUCAUGAGCCUUCCCGCCGGGGUGCAGGUGUGGAUCUGGGACAGGGGCACCCGGCCUCCAGCUGGCAGGAUUCCCUCUUCCUGUUUCUCGCCAUCUUCUUCUUUUUCUGGUUGCUCAGUAUUUGAGCUAUGCCUCCUUCCUGCCCACCUCCAGCCAGAGGAGAAUCAGUAUUGGGGGUCCUUGCUGACCCUCCCUUACUCCUGGACCUCCCCCCCAUGACCCUGCCGUUUCUGUUGCUAAGGGCAGCCCUGGUCGGGGGCGGGGUGGUGUUGUGUAGGUCGGAGGGGAAAGCCUGCUGCUCUGAACUGCUCGCUCAGUGGCACGGGGACUCAUGGCCCUGGGGCAGGAGGACGGGCUGAAGAGGACAUUUCUCCUUCGGAUCCUCUGAUUUCCCCCAGAUUUCUUGAUUGGAUGUUGAAAGGUGGGCAAGGCUCCCUGGCGUCUCCCCCACUCUCCCUGUGGGUUUAAUUUAAUUGUUCCCCCCCCCAGUGUCUAAUAUGGGUUCUGACAUAAGUGCUUCCUCCCCUCACUACCUCCUUUAAUACACGUUCAAUAAAAAAGGUGAAAUAUA